AUGCCGUUUCCUGAAAAGAAGAGAAAAACUCAAGAGACUAACGUAAAACCAUUAAGGAAAUCGAAGAUUUUUGCGCCUUUUCGAUCCAUUGGUUAUGUUUCAAAUCAAAUACCUUUUGACAUUGAGGUUCGUGGUACUCACUUUUUAGUUACCACAUGCGUUGGAAAUUCUUUUCAAACGUACGAUUGUGAACGACUCAAUCUGUUGUUUGUCGGUAAACAUUUGGAACGAGAAAUUUCUUGUCUGAAAUCUUACAAAGAUUUUAUGCUGGCAGGGUCUGGCUCUAAGGUUUUUGCUUACAAGCGAGGCAAAAUCAUCUGGGAAAUAGAGUUGGAAUCGUCAGCAGGUGAGGUUGUGCAGUUGGAUGCUUUUGGUGAAUGGAUCAUUGCGACUAGCAGUAGACGCUUGGUUCAUAUCUGGAAACAUGUUUCCAAAUACGAACUGCCAGAGUUACAUACGGUUUUUCAACCUACCGCCAAUGCGGAUGUAACUGCAAUGAUUCAUCCUAGCACAUACUUGAACAAAAUUAUUUUGGGAUUUUCCGACGGUUCCUUUGAAUUAUGGAACAUGAGAACCGCAAAGUGCGUUUAUAAAUUUAAAAAUUUGGUUGGCGAUGCCAUCACCUCUCUUACCCAGGCCCCUGUACUUGAUAUCCUCGCAAUUGGUACUGCGGGUGGUCGGAUUGUACUGUAUAAUUUAAGAAAUGCCACAAUAGUAAUGGAAUUCCGUCAAAGUGGUCGCGUCCUCUCCUCUUCCUUCCGAACGGAUGGUGUACCGAUUUUGGCGACGUCGAAUCAUCAGGGAGAUGUCUCCCUCUUUGAUUUAUCAAAACGUCGUGUCCAAAAUGUAGUCUAUGGAGCUCAUCAUGGCCCCAUUCCAAAACUUCAGUUCUUAAAUGGUCAGCCUGUGUUGGUCACUGCCGGUCCUGACAAUUCUCUAAAGGAAUGGAUCUUUGACUCCAUGGAUGGUGCUCCAAGGAUUUUACGUCUUCGCAAUGGUCAUUAUGAGCCGCCCUCUUGCAUCAAGUUUUAUGGUCAAAGCGUCCAUUUCCUCCUUUCCGCUGCCAGCGAUAAUACGCUUCGUGCUAUCAGUGUUUUCCAAGAUAAUCAAACUGUUGAAUUAUCCCAGGGAUCCGUUACCUCCAAAGCGAAAAAAUUGAAUGUUCGCCCCGAUGAACUAAAGCUUCCUGAAAUAAUUUCUAUGUCUUCCUCUAAUUCCCGUGAAAAAUACUGGGAUAACAUUCUCACUGCUCAUAAAAACGACAAUGCCGCUCGUACCUGGAACUGGAAAAAUAAGACUUUGGGUCAGCAUGUUUUACCGACGACUGAUGGUACCCCUGUUCGCGCCGUCUGUGUUAGUUGUUGUGGUAAUUUCGGUAUGGUUGGUAGUUCCAAGGGUCUAGUGAAUGUUUAUAACAUGCAAAGUGGUAUUCUGAGAAAAUCGUUUGGCCAUAAGCAACACAGCAACAAGCCAAUUACAUCUAUUAUGCUCGACAACGUCAAUCGUGUUUUGGUUGUGUCUUCUCUUGAUGGCACUUUGCGUUUUUGGGAUUUCAAUAAGGGGUCUUUGAUUGAUACGAUUGAUAUGGGCAGUUCUAUCACAAGUGCUGUCUACCAUCAUGCAUCCGAUCUCAUAGCUGUUAUUUGCGAUGACUUUGGCAUUCGCAUCGUUGAUGUUCAAACAAGAAAAGUUGUUCGUGAAUUAUGGGGUCACUCAAAUCGUUUGACCGACAUCGACUUCUCCAACGAUGGACGCUGGUUAGUUACAGCAUCUUUGGAUGGAACUAUUCGUACUUGGGAUUUGCCAACAGGCCACUUGAUUGAUGCCAUAACUACCGGUAAUGUUUGUACUGGCUUGUCCUUUGGACCAACGGGUGACUAUUUGGCAACCUCUCAUGUUGAUCAGAUUGGAAUCAGUUUGUGGACCAAUCUUUCGAUGUUUAAGCAUGUAUCUACCAAAUCAUUACGGCUGGACGAUAUUACUGAGGUUUCUCUUCCAUCUAUUUCUGGCGAGAAGGGAACGUCGGUGGUACAAGCUGCUUUGAAUGCUGAAGAGGAUGAGGAAGAAGAAGAUGAUAUUUUAUACACAACCGCUGAUCAAAUAGACAAUCAGCUGCAAACUCUCAGUAAACUUCCUCGAACGCAAUGGCAGACUCUUGUGAAUAUGGAGUUGAUUAAAGCCCGUAAUGCUCCUAAAGAGGCUCCUAAAGCACCUGAGAAAGCACCAUUCUUCUUGCCCUCUCUUAAAGAACAAUCUGAGGGUCUUGUUUCUAAGCUUGAUGAAACAAAUAACGAUAAACAAAGCCGACCAAAUUUGGCUUCCUCAAUGCAAAACCUUACAACCAGAUUUUCUGAACUUUUGCAUGCCGGAGAUGAUGAUGCGUUCUUUGAAUAUUUAAAGACUCUACCACCGGCUAAGACUGAUUUAGAAAUUCGCUCUCUGGAGGCAUUCCCACCUUACGAAGAAUUCAUUUUAUUUAUCAAUAGCAUGACUUCCCGGUUAGCAAGCCGUCGAGAUUUUGAACUGGUACAAGCUUAUAUGGCAGUUUUCAUUAAAGCACAUGAAGAUGUUUUAUUGUCUUCAGAGGCUUCAAAUGAAAAGGAAAACGUCCUAAAUGCCUUGAAAGCUUGGGGUACUGUGCAAAAAGAGGAGAAUAAUCGUUUACUAGAUUUGAUUCACUAUUGCUCAGGUGUCUUGAGUUUCAUGCGGACUUAG